CAUUUCUGCAUUGGAAAAUGCAGCUUAUAACAGUAACUGGCUCAUAGUUUCAGGAUAAUUAAAUGAGUUUAUAUGUAAAGCACUUAAAACAGUCCCUGGCAAAUAGUAAACAUCAUAUAAAUAUUCAUUAAAUAAGAUACAAAUAUGCCUGCUUGGGAAAACCAGUAAACAAAGGAGUCAGGAAAUUCAUUAUCAAAGCUCUUCACUCACAGAGCUUUAAUCCAGAUGACCUUGUUGUCUCCUACCCUUGCUGCCAUCCCCAGUGUCUACAAGGAGUAGGCAGAAAUAAAGCUCUUAUCCCACCUCUUGGGCAUUUUCCCCUCCCCUGGAAGGCCCAUAAUCUGCUAGCAUGUCAGCUUCCUCUCAGAAGUGAUUAAGGGGCCAGGCUCCAAAGAAGAUUAAAGGGGCAGUCUGUGGGGUGCACUGGGCAGGGCUAUGCUCCUCUGAGUUUAACCACCCUGCACUCUAAGAAUCACUAACAUGGCCCUUGUGCCAGGGAGCAAUGAGGACGGGCUUUGGCCCAUAGAUAGCCCAGGAUCCUCCUGGCAUCGAGAAAGUCCCAGGCUAACCAACCCUCUCUGGAAGGACAGAGGAGAGAUUGACAGGGUUGAAGGUCACCAGGCUGUUCAGGUUGUCUCUCAAAAGUCCAGCCUGCCCUCUAUAGUGGUAGAAGCCUCUGAGGUAAAUGAAGAGAGCAGGGAUCUCUGGUGGCCGCAUGAGGAGCUGCUGCUGCUCACUGAUGGUGAGGAAGAGGAGGACAAGGCCUUCUUCCAGGACCAAAGUGAAGAGCCAGGUUGGGUUUGGAGCCCACAGGACCCCAGAUCUCUCUUAAGAACGUUUAACCCUGGACUCAGCUGGGGGCAGGAGCAGGAAGAGCAAGAUGCCUCCUGGUUUCCUGAGGACACAGAAUGUCAGGAAGCCCCCAACCUCUGUUCUCUCUGGGACCCAGCAACAGGCUCCCUUGUCUGUAGAAGCCACUUUGUGGAAUAUUCCCAUUUCCUGCCUCCCAGUAGCUUUGAAGGAACUGAAGAAGAAGCUGUUCAAGCGGCGGCGGGUGCUGAACCGGGAGCGGCGAGUGAGGCACCGAGUGGUCGGGGCCGUGGUAGACGAAGGGCUGAUCACGCGGCACCACCUCAAGAAGCGGGCGUCCAGUGCACGUGCCAACAUCACUCUAUCUGGGAAGAAGCGCAGAAAACUCCUCCAACAGAUCCGGCUUGCCCAGAAAGAGAAGGCAGCCAUGGAAGUGGAAGCCCCCUCAAAGCCAGCCAGGACUAGUGAACCCCAGCCCAAACGGCAAAAGAAGCCAAAAGCCCCCCAGGAUGUAGACAUGGAAGACCUUGAAGAUGAGAGCUAAAGU